AUAUUUUCUUAUUCUUAAGAGCCCAAAUGGAGAUUGGCCUAACCGAGUUCCGGCUUGUCCGGUCCGCCGCAGUCGGGAGAUCGGAGUCCACCAUCAGCCACCUUCAGUCUCAAAACGGGAGCCAAAAUCUGCGUACUUGACGACCCUUCUUGUGAAGAUUGCAUAAUCGUAAUAACUUUAGUCUUUAGACCCCGCAACCAAUAAAGAUCAUUAUAAUGUUAACAGAGAAGUAGUAGAAGAAGAAGAAGAAGAGUCAUGGACGCGGAGCAAAGGGCACUGGUGAGAGUGUAUGAGAGAAUGGUGAAGGGCGAAGCCGGAGAGAAAAAUGAACAAGCGGAAGAAGUGACGUGUAAGAUGAUAGUUGGAAGAGGGUUUGGUAAAGUUGUGGAAAAGAUUGAGAGUAAGAGUGGAGGUGGUACUCAAGUUAGGGUUUUUGCCGAAGAUCAAAUACCGGGUUCGGGUUCUGAUGAAUUGGUUCAGAUAACAGGAAGCUUUUCAGCUGUAAAGAAAACACUUUUGUCUGUUUCGAGUUGUGCUCAAGAUAGAGCUAGAGUAGAUGCGGCCAACACUAAUGUAACAAAACCUCCAGGGAUGCUGCACCAUGGAAAUCCUAUGCCCACGUCAGUGGAGCCAUUUCAUCAGAGAGGUUAUGGUCCUGGUUUUCAUUCAAGGGGUUAUUCUUCUGGUCUAGGGCCUGAGAGUCUUGGAGCACACAACAGGAUGUAUUUUGAAGAGGAUGUUGUCUUUAAGCUGUUGUGCCAUCUUGACAAAGUUGGCAGUUUGACAGGGAAAGGUGAUUAAUAGUUCGGACUUUUCAAAAUGAAACUGGUGCAUCAAUCAAGAUUGCAGAUAUUGUGCCCAAUUCAGAUGAGAGGGUGGUUUUGAUAUCUGCACGAAGGCAUGGGAACUUAACAGUCUCUGAAUUUUACUCCUUCAGUACUCUGUGGAGAGCUGCAAUGUUCUUUUAUUUUUGCUAACUAGGGAGCUUUUUGUGUUUGAUUACUAAUGCAAAAACUUUUGGAACUUUGGGCUGAAUUUCUGGUAAAUUAAUGGGAAUUUUGUCAUGGUCAGAAUAUUAAGCCAUCAA